AGAGAGAAAGAGAGAAAGAGAGAGAAAGAGAGAAAGAAAGAGAGAAAAACAAAAAUAUAGAAAAAAAAAAAUAGAAAAAGAAAAUAAAACAAACAAACAACAACAACAACAACAACAACAACAACAAUGGCAGUUAUAUACACGAACAGUGAUAUAAGAACAGUGGUUGUGAUGGUGGUGGUCCUCGCUACCACCACCACCACCACCACCACCACCACCACCACCACCACUGCCCCGGUCCUAACUACAGCUGCAGUUAUGACCGAAGCGCCUCCACCUCGGACCGCUGAGUUAAGGAUGAGACCUAAGGAUUGUCCCGUGUAUGUCCUGGGCGAGCUGCGAGCCAUCAAGAAGCACGGGGAAACUUGGAUGAAUGAUGGAAAUGCCUGUGAACUCUGCAGAUGUGACGAAGGUGCUGAGAGAUGCUACUACCACUACUGCAACCAACAAACAGAAGUGGUCAACCCUCCCAUGGGCCGCCCCCCUCUCGAUGAUGAGGACUUAGGGGAGGGGGAGGGAGAGGAAGAGGAGGGGUCUGGCAGGCCGCCCCCCCCUCCUCCUUACCCUCUCGGAGACCGCCUCAAGACAUACAGAAAGAGCGGGCCGGGAGAGCUUCGAGUCCCUGCUGGCGAGAACGAUACACGCCUGCCUGUCUUCUGCGGCCUUCACUGCUACAAGAAAUGUCCGUGGGGUUACAAGAUGGACCCAGUGAGGCAGUGUCGUCAGUGUUCCUGUCGACGGCGGUGCCACAGCCUCGAUAAAUGCCAGUUAAUGUGUCCUGAGGGCCUUGCCACGGACAGCCACGGGUGCCCUGUCUGCCAGUGCCGCGGGGAAGGCCAGGAAGGGCGUAGACAAGAGCCAAAAUGCGAUAAAACAGGUGUGCGUGGGUGUAUGGACAGUGCUGGGAUGUGGCUGGUGGGGGAGGUGUGGUCUCGCGGCCCCUGUGUGAGCUGUAGAUGUAUUGCUAAUGGCUAUACUGAAUGCAACGUCACCAAAUGUCCCGCUGCGCCGCCCUGUCCGCCCCGCCGCCACCCCGCUGCCGCCACGCCCCGCCAGCAGCAGACCUGUUGUCCCGAGUGUGUGGAGAGCGGAGGAGGACAUGGCAACACUGUAGGGCGUGCUGAGGUCACCGUUCAGUCAGCAUGGGAGAGACAAGACUUGACCUACCAACACCCACGCACGCCCACGCCCUCCCACGGAUCAGCAACCAGCGAUGGGGCGGUCAAGAGCGCUGUACAAGCCGAGGUGAUGACUUGGUGGCAAAUGACUCUAAUUAUGGUGACCCUGGCGGUGGUGUGCGUGGUGGUGGCUGGGUGUGUGUUGAAGCAGUGGAGACGCGCACAUAGAGACAAAUAUGACAUCAAUGCCUAUAGAAUGCCAGGCCCUCUGACACAGAAAGUUAGGCCUGUCACAACGGCGGCUGAUCACGUGACUGGUAGGCUUAUGUAAGAGAGAGAGAGAGAGAGAGAGAGAGAGAGAGAGAGAG